CCACAGUGCAAAUAAGUACUGUUUAACGUCUGUUAGACUAAGUUAUUGUUAGUAAACCUCUUCUCAGCUGAAGCCCUUGCACCUUAUUUAUGCAAUUUUUGGAACAGUGACAUGAAAACAGACUAAAAGUUAUACUAUUAGACCUGAAAGUUUUCUUCCAUAGUCCCAUGCCUGUUGAACUGUGAUGCUAUUCAGUGGCAAAGAAAAAGCAUUUGUUUAGGUAUACCCUCUUCAUAUUUUGUGUGUUUGUUCACCAGAGAUUAACACCAUUGUAAAUGUAGCAAGCCUCCAUGCUGCUGUGUAGUUUAAUUCACAAAAACGUUUGUAAUUUGCAGCCUGGUUACUACUGGGCCCCAGAACAUGCAUGUCACACCCAUCAGCAGACACUCCAUUGGUUCCCAUUCAGUUACUGAGUUCAAGGUUCUGGUUAUCACACACCAAGCCCUGAAUGGCCUUGGACUCAGAUACCUGCAGGAUCACCUCUCCUCUAUCCUCCACUGUCACAGCUUUGCUCAUCUGUGCAAAGCCUUCUAAUGGUGUUCUCCUGCAGAGGGGUAAAAUUGCCGGACGUCUACUCAGGUGCAUUCUAAGUGUUGACCUUGAGCAACUGGGAAUGCUCCCACACUUCCUUCAUUCUGCAGACUGUGCAAAACAAAAAUGUUAAAUGCCUUUACCUUGUAGUCUACCUUCUGUGUUGUUUACAGCAUACACACUUUAGUUUGUGGUUCCCAUGGCUCUCUAAUUCUGUAGUCCUAAUCUUACUGCAUUGUUCAUUGGUGGUUUUAUGCUGUUUCACUGCACAGCUUUAUAUCCUGUAAUCCUCCUUGAGUCUAAGGAAGGCUCUAAGUAGACCAUAAAUAAAGAAAUAAUUUUACAAGUGACAGGGCAUUGGAAGAGAUGGUGCUGCAGCUGAGCCCUAUUUAACCUGAACAAGCGGCUCUUAAAGGCUAGUAAUAAACUGGUGGACAAGGCCGCUGCAGUAAAAAGUCUCAGCAAACCAAUUUUUAGUAUGGCACUGGGAACAUGAAGAAACAAACGAUCGUGGCUGAGAAGCAACAGCCAUCCCACGUCCUGUCCUUCCUCCUCCUGUUGAGAGCGAGCUUUCUCUACCUUGAAAUCAGGAGAACUCUACCUCUGGAAUUUCAACCUGUCGUCGUGACGCAGCUGUUCGGCGCACAGAAAGAAGCCCCGCUGCUGCCACGAGAAAGGCGCCAAACUCGGACCCCCCGGGCGAGACGGACUCUCAGCCGCAGGGCCUAAGGCCCGCUGGAGGGCGACCUGCCCUGGCUCGCUUCAUUCCUACCCAAGCUCUGCGCUGGGACCUAGCCGACCAGACGGGGAGGAGAGACACCGCUACGGCCGUCGGUGAAGCUGGUCUCUGACGCGAUCAGCGGGCGCCGCCGGCGGGCCCGAGUCGCUCGACGAGGCCGCGGCUAGCGGGACGGGCAGAGGCGGGGAGGCCUCCUUUGCUGUGGGACGCGCGGCGCUGCCUCUGAGGGGAGGCCGGCCUCGCCCCGCCGCCUUUCCCCUCUCCCGGAGUUUCCGCGCGGAGCCCCGCCUCGGCUGGGCGGGGGCAGGACCAGCCCGGCACCAUGUGCUGGAGGUGCCAGGCGCAGGCUGAGUAAAGCUGCCGCUUCCUCCUCGCCUUUCCGCUGCGCUCCCGAGGCAGCCCGCUCGGCCUCAUGGCCACCGAGGUGGCGGCGGCGGGGCCCAGCGCCCGCUUGCCCUCGUCCCCAGCCCGAAGGGACUUCUACUGGCUCCGCUCUUUCGUGGCGGGAGGCGUUGCAGGCUGUUGUGCCAAAACAACCAUUGCACCCUUGGAUCGAGUCAAGAUUUUAUUGCAAGCUCAUAAUCAUCAUUAUAAACAUCUAGGUGUGCUUUCCACAUUGUGUGCUGUCCCGAAAAAGGAGGGCUACCUAGGAUUUUAUAGAGGAAAUGGAGCAAUGAUGAUUAGAAUCUUCCCAUAUGGCGCAAUUCAGUUCACAGCAUUUAGUCAAUAUAAAAAGAUGAUAAAGAAGAAGCUUGGCAUUUCUGGACAUGUACAUCGGUUAAUGGCUGGUUCCAUGGCAGGUAUAACUGCAGUAAUUUGUACUUAUCCUCUUGACAUGGUGAGAGCACGUCUGGCAUUCCAAGUGAAAGGGGACCAUAAGUACACUGGCAUUAUUCAUGCAUUCAAGACCAUCUAUACAAAGGAAGGUGGCAUGCAAGGAUUUUAUCGAGGGCUUAUGCCAACAGUAGUAGGAAUGGCUCCAUAUGCAGGUUUCUCAUUUUUUACUUUUGGUACCUUAAAGAGUGUGGGACUUGCCCAAGCACCUACCUUGCUUGGGACACCUUCAUUAGAUAAUCCCGAUGUCUUAGUUUUGAAAACUCAUGUAAAUUUGCUGUGUGGUGGCAUAGCUGGAGCAAUAGCGCAGACAAUAUCCUAUCCUCUUGAUGUAACGCGUAGACGAAUGCAGUUGGGAGCAGUGCUUCCAGAUUCUGAAAAGUGCCUUCAACACUAUCUAGUAUCCCUUCAGUUAUUCCAAUACAAUGGUACAGACACUGAAGUAUGUUUAUGGAAACCAUGGAAUACGAGGAGGAUUGUACCGUGGUUUAUCCCUGAAUUACAUUCGUUGUAUUCCUUCACAGGCAGUGGCCUUCACUACUUACGAACUUAUGAAACAAUUCUUGCACCUCAAUUAAAAGGACAAAUUUAACUGGAAAAAAAGAUUUUUUGUUACAUUUAAUGGAUUAAGUUUCCCAUUUGAAAUAAUUAUCACUGAGGAACCACUUGUAUUUUUAGUGCUUUCUUUUACCAAAAAUGAAGAAUGGCGUAAAAUUGGAGAGUUGAAGCUUGGAUAAGAUAUGUUACGAGGCCACUGAACAAACAACUCCUGACAACGUAAACCACUUGAUGAAAAUACAGUUCAAUUUAGUAAACAGAAGCUUAUCAUGAAAAGGAAAAGCAAUUUUUUACAGAUUCCAGAUCAUUGCAUUUUUUUCUAUUCCAUGUCAAUAGUUUACUUAAAUUGGAUGCUUAGUAUUUGUUUCUUAAAGUUUCUUAUCUUAACUUAAAAUAUAGGAGUAUAAUCACAAAACUCUUACUAACAAAUUAAUUCCACUGGAUCCAGUGAUUCUUGCUUCCAUACAAUUGUGUUUAGGGCAACUUGUCACUCUGUAGUCCAUAAACUAACUUACUUCAGAGGCUUUUACUGAAUUCCUGUUCAGAUUCCAGUCUUUAUUCCUUGGAUUUUCCAAAGGUAGAAAGCCAACAAUACAAGGGUUAAUUUUAUUUUUAUCAUAUAGAUCUGGGAUUCAAAGAUCUACUUAAGCUCUUGUAAGGGGAUUGUGCUAGUCCAAUGCAAUGCUUUUUUAAACACUGACUUUGUUGUAUUGGAAAUGUCUCUGAAACUCCCUUUUGUUUCAAAAUCAGUUGGCCAUACAACAGGCAGAGCUGAUAGUUAAGAAAAUGAAGUCAAAAGCCUUCGGGGGGCAGGGUGUCAGAGAAUUAAUUUCAUGGUCCUUUGAAUCCUUCCUUGCACUUGUAUUUCUGUACUACUAAAGAAACUAACUGUUUGUAUUUUGUUAAUGUCAAUAAAUAGUAAAAUUCUCUAUGUAUGUGAGUAAUUGAGUUCUCCCAUAUAAGUGACUUUAUUUACCAUGUUUUUAAAUUGUUAUUACUUAAAACUAAAAUGAAGUGUAAGUUUAACUGCCUCUUACAAAAUCAUCAAGGGCAUGAAUUAACAAAAAUAAUCAGAAUGGGUCCAGUCACAAGAAACAUUGUACUUCUGCAUGCAUGGUGCUUCUGAAAGUUGAAAUUACCUCUGCUACUUACAGCAUCACACCUGAAAUAUGAGUGUAAACUGGGUAACGAUUGUUACACAGGUUUUAUUUUACCUGGAUAGAAUGCAUCUGAUACAAGGCUGCACAUUGCCUAUGGAAUUUGAUGCACACUUUUGCCCCAAGGAAAGACAAGUUUGUUAAUGAAAAGUUAGUGUUGAGCAAUUUUUGAGCAGUUAUCGCUAUUAAUGUCAGGAUUUCAGACCUCAGUAUUGGCAAUAGGCACUAUAUAUACAGCCUGUACCUUCUAUUUGUGCCUUCUAUUACCAGUCCCUGUGGUAACAAGGAUGCAGAUCCUUAUUAAUCUUUAGUUUCUCUCUUUAUCACUGAAAAUUGGCUAAGCCACAAUGGGAUUUUUGUGUGUGCCAAAUUCUGUCCAUAUUUCUCACUACGAUGAUUUUAAUGUGAAUGUGGACAGUCUUGCUGCCCAGCGUUGGUGUGGCUGGCUAUGCCUUUUUGGCAACACUUCCUAUCCUUUUUGUUGCAAGACAGUAUGGGAGGUUGCAGCUGGUUCAGCAUGGUCAGGUAUGGAGGAGUCUUUAGGCCACUUGCCUAUUCAUCGUAUGUUGUUAGAAGCCGUUUAGUUUACCCUUUCUAUUGCAAGUAAGAAACUACUAUUUUGAAGGGUUUGCUUGCUUAGAAGUCUUCAGACUUUAACAGUUUUCACUAAUUUUACUGUAAAGUGAUGUAGCUUAUUUAUUUAUUGUAAAUACUGUAUAUGGUGCAUGAAACCGGUAACAGCUGUGUUAUCAAAACCAGCAGGUAUAAAAUGGAUGUUGCUUAUGGUCCACAGCAGAGCUGUAUAAUCUCAUGUUCCUGUGACUUUUUUUAUUUGAUUGAAGUUUAUAUUUUUAGAUAUAUUAUAAUUUGGCAAAAUAAUUAUUGGCAGAGAGAUGUAUCUAUUUUUAUUUCAAAACAAAGUCUUGAAUAACAGUAUGACAUAGCAGUGCAAUACUAUGCAGAGUUAUUCCAGUCUAAGCCUAUUGAAGUAAGCUGCCUUAGACUGGAGUAACUCUGCAUAGUGUUACACUGAAGUGUACCAGCCAAUAUAAAACCAUGUAUUUGGAAUUUAUGCUUUUUGUUCAUUUUCUCUUAAUGUAAUGUGUUUGAUUAAAUGAUAUUAAAGUGAUUGCAACUACA